GAACCAUAGGUUGAACAAUUUCCUAAAUCAAAAUGUAUACAUUUGAGGUGUAAACUUGAACUGUAAAAAGAGAGGCUCUUUUCUACAAAAUUGGUUAUUUCCGCAAAUGGUGUAGCGAGUGCUGAAUGAAGUAGCAAGAUUAUAUCAUCAGUAGCUAUUACUGCCUCUUGAUACGACCUUCACUCUGACUCAGCUUGAAAUAUUUGUUGUCCAUCCGGGUGUCAGUAAAACAAAAAACACAUUUCAAUUUCAAGUCAUCGGCAGAUUGAGAUAUUUUUUUGAACGAAUGCUGCUGUUCUACACUACAAACUAGUGCCACAAUUACUAGUUGAUGUUUUGGUAACUUUUCUUCCUUGUUGAAAGCUAUAAGCACCAGUUUCAAGUUUCAGUAUGUAUGUUCGGAAGGGAUCACAAGCUUUGACCCUGUGUCGACUCCUUGGCACCAAGUUCUUAAGAACAUCUGAAAGAUAUUUGGGAAGUUCAGUUACAAUGAAUAACAAGAAAGCCUGGGACAUUCCAGAAAGGGAUUUGGUUUUGAGAAGGUCAGAGAAGGGUAGUGUUGUAUUGGACAUUGCGAAAGUCAAGAGGGAGCCAUUUUUGAAAGGACUGUUUCAAGACAAAUAUGAUAAAGAGAUGCUAGCAUUUCCUGAGGUGUUGAACAAAGAACAAGUGGAUGAUUUGGAUCAUAAGCUGUUGUCACUUGGCUAUAGGGAUGAAACUUUCCAGGAUGAUCCAGCUCCUGAAACCCUGAAGCUGGGAGGAGUGUUUGGACUGGAAGUCCCUGAUGAGUAUGGUGGACUUGGGUACACCAUGACUGAGGCUGCCAGAGUGCUGGAGGCGAUGGCCAGCACCAGCCACUUUCAAACCACUCUGGUACACAACUUUCUGGUACAGGCCCUGCUGCAGUCUGGCUCGGACGAGCAGAAGCGGCGCCUGCUGCCGGGCCUGGCCUCCGGUGAGGUGACGGCCGCCUUCUGCUGCUCGGAGCAGACCGCCUCCUCCGACCUCUCCGGGCUGAGGUGCACGGCGCGCCCCGACGGGGAGGUGGGCUCUGACCAGGGUCACCUGCUGCUCAAUGGGACCAAGGUGGGCGUGGCGCGUGCCCGCUCUGCCGACCUGCUGCUGGUCAUCGCCAACACGCAGGACCGGGACCACCUGGGUAACCAGUUUGACCUGCUGUCGGCGCUGGUGGUGGAUAAGUCGGCCGGCGGCAUCACCUACAAGUCCUGCGACCCCGGACUCGGUGCCGACCUCUGUGAUGUGGAGUUCAAAAACACGCCCGUUACCGCUGAUAAUGUGAUCGGCGCGGUGGGCUCCGGGCACUCGGUGCUGCUGGGAGUUCUGAACCACAUACGCAGCCUGUACCCGGCUCAGCUAGUUGGUUUUCUGCGUCCGCUGGUUGCCAUGACGACCAAGCACUGUCUUCACCGGCAAGCGUUCAAAAACCACCUGUCGGACUUUGGUCUGACCAAGGCUGCGAUAGCGUCUGUCAACCGGGACAUGUACAUUAUGGAGAGCCUGACCUACAUCACCACCGGACUUGUCGACCUGACUCAAGAGCCCGACUACGUACUCGAAGCGGCCGUCUGCAAGGUGGUCUCAUCGGAGCUGGCUCAGAAUAUCGUAGACCGCUGUCUGCGGCUGCUCGGCGACAGGGGAUACUACAGGCGAGAGGAGACGGGCGACACUGCCGAGCGGUACCUCAAGGAGACGCGGGCGGCGCUCCGCUUCACCGGCUCCAACGAGCUGCUCCGACUCUUCAUCGCGCUCGGAGGCCUUCAGGAAGCCACGCCGAUGUACGCCGAGGAGGUGACCAAGAUGCGCAACCCGAUGCUGUUCCCGGUGCACGUGCUGAAGCGACUGGUGGGCGGUAUGAGGAACAAGGCUCGCUCUUCGCAUACACCUCUACACCUGUACGGCUGUCUUCAUCCGUCACUGAAGGUCCAGGCUGACGAGCUGGAGGAGUGCGUGCACCGGUUCGCCGACCUGACGCUGGAGGCGCUGGAGCGGUUUGGUGCCGACCUCAUGAACCAGCAGCCGGUGCUAACCUGGCUGGCAGAGAACGUCUCCGACAUCUACGUGGUGACGGCCGUGCUGGCGCGCGCCUCGCGCAGCUACUGCAUCGGGUUGCGAGACGCCGAGACUGAGAUCGCUCUGGCCACCUCGGCGGUGCAGGUGGCCUCGGAGCGGAUGCAGCGGAACGCCGGCUACCUGGACCGGGCGCCGUUCGGCUCCCCCGACUCACCGCUCAUCAAAGCAGCCGACAUAGUGCUCGAGAGGGGAGGGUACGCGUCAUCCCACUCACUGCAGAGGACAUACUGAGGGGAGAGAGUGGGUAGUGCUCUGGGAAGAGAGCGGAGUGCGGGGGGGGGGGGGUAGGAGAGUGAAGAGGGACAAAGAACACUGAUGUGCUGACCGUUGGGUGUGAUUUGGCACAUGAUGUCGGCCGGAGAAAUCCUCGUGCUGCUGUGAUUGUAUGUGUGAGCGGUGUGAUGAUGAUAUGACAUCGGGCCUAUGCGAGAUUGUGUGUCGUUGCGAAUUUGUUGGCUAGUCCACAGGCGUCCUUUGUGAAGAAAGGGCCUUGUGUGCUAAUCGCCGUCACUGACUCGGCAAUCAAAUAACAUUGUUCUUUUGCGAUUGAAUCCAUGCGGGUGCGUACUGCGGACCGGAUUUUGUAGCUGCGUGUGCAGAGUUUACAGGUGUUUCACCAGCUGCCGAGCUAUGGCUGCUGUCAGUGAUGUCUGCCGCACACACCGCUGCCGUGACAUGUCAGCGGCUUCGUGACAUGUCAGCGGCUUCGUGACAGGUCAGCGGCUCCGUGACAUGUCAGCGGCUCCGUGACAUGUCAGGGGUGCGUGCCGGCCAGCCGGUGACCGGUCUCCUCAGGGUCAGCUGGCCGGCCGUCGGCCACCGCUCGCCGCUCUGUUGUGAUACCAUUUGUCCAAUAAAACGAUCGUCACGUA